GUCCACUGCCUGUCUCUCCCUCCCAUCUUCUGGGUUCUCGACUGUCGUUUGCAUCUUCUUCUUUCCCCCAUUCCCCUCUGAACCCUUGCAUUCGAGUCGUACAAUUUUUAUCCCUCGAGUGUUUGCUCGAUCGAUUGCACUCCUUACCUAGAUACCCGCCUUGCGUCCGCGUCUGGCCAGCUCUUUACCUUCUACCGUCGACCUUUUGACAGAUGUGGUAGCCGUCUCUCGAGUCUGUUUUCUUUUCUCAGAACAUCCAUCAUGGCUCUCCGAAUGUCGGGUAUCAAUCAUGCUGCCGGCAUCUUCGCCGACAUGUCAGUGGACGGCCCGGCAAUUGGCACCCUGGUGGCCGUCGUGGACCGUGCAAAGAACCUCCCCAACAGGAAGACAAUGGGAAAGCAGAACCCUUACUGCGCUGCACGUCUAGGCAAAGAGGCCCAGAAAACUGGCACUGACGUGCGUGGAGGCCAGACGCCCAAGUGGGACCAGGAACUCCGCUUCACCGUGCACGAAUCGCCGGACUAUUUCCGAAUGAAACUGUCGGUCUUCAAUGAUGAUAAACGGACCGAUCUGAUUGGCGAGACCUGGAUUGAUCUACAGAAUCUCAUCAUCCCUGGAGGCAGCCAGAGUGACCAAUGGCACACUCUUCAGUUUCGUGGAAAAUACGCCGGCGAGAUUCGUCUCGAGAUGACUUACUACGAUACUAGACCCGAGGAUGAGGCUGUUAUUGAGCGAAGAACGCAAGGGACGGAAAGGGCCAAAACAAGUGGCAGCAGCAGGUCGGGCCCAGUAGCCGUCGUGCCGUCGCCGGCGCCGUCCUCGUCAUCUUCCUCGUCACUCUCAGGACCGCGUCAGCUAAAAGAGGUCAAACGUCGACCUCUACCUUCCGAUCACUCCAGCGGGCCCCGUCCUGCACCUGAGAAAGCGUACUCUUCUCCGGCCCCAUUGCCAGUCUCGCAUCCGCCUCGAGCUCCAUAUGAUGGCGUCCCCACUCCUCCGUCUAGCUCUGGCAUGGAUUAUGCCCACCAGCCGAGACAUACUGCGGCGCCGGUGAUCUAUGAUGCGCCGCCCCGUCCGCGAACCUAUGAGACACCGGACGAUUUUGGGCGAGAAUGGAAUGCACCUCCGCACCACCCACCCGCGGGCCGAGGCCAGCCACAUUAUUCAGAAUAUUACCCCACGAGAGCAGAACAGGAUUACUAUGCGCGACCUCGCUCUGGCUACGAGAACGCCCCGCCGGCUGAUUAUCGAUCAAUGAGACAAAUGCCAGCAGGUCGACAAGAUCCGUACUAUGAAGACAUGCAUGCAGAAGCCACGCGGCCAAGCAGCCGUCAUUACAAUCAGCAUCCCCCGGACGCAUACACGUAUGGUCCAGAAGAACUUCAGCCUGCUCGGUAUCAUCAUGCGUCCAGUAGCAUGUCUUCACGUCAUCGCAUUGAAUACCCCCAGGAGAGCGAGCCUUAUCGGCAGCAUAACUCGCUUCCCAGGCGUGGCCGCAGCCCGAGCCGCUAUCACGCAGAGUAUGCCUCAAUGCAGCCGCGGGUAGAAGAUGAAGAUGAAGAGGGAGCACCACCUCCUCCGCCUGUUCAUCGGACAGCAAUGGCUCACCCUAGUCCGCAGUUAGUACCGUCACCAGCUCCUUCGUACAAAGCUUACUCUCCAGAGUACGGCCCCAGAUCGACCCAAGACAUGAAACUCCCCCAGCCUACGGAGCUGAUGCUGGACCCCCCUCCAGUCACGAGCACGUCUAUGCCGCCCAGCCUGGUCGCUGGGCUUGAUCCGGUAGUUGCCGAGGCAGAGUCGGAGCGGUUUGCGCGUGAGAUCCGGAGACGCAGUGGUGUUCUCGAGGAACACCUCCCAGGACCCAACCGCAGCCGCGACCCGUCCCCGUCCCCUAUAUCGCCACCUUACCCCGACAAUCUCCCUGCGGAAGAUCACCACCGAUCACUUGUCAGUCGAAGAUCCGUGAUUGCAGAAGCUCCUUCGCAGCAGCUUGUUCUACGCAAAUCGGUUAGCCCUAGGCCACCUCCUUCCAGAGGUCGCGGUGGCUCUCAGCCUUCAGUCUCUCAGACUCCAUUUUCGCCAGACUCUUUCGACUCCUUCAAUCCGAAUGCUGCCCGCUCUGUUAUGAAUAGGGACCCAGCGCCGGCGUACACGACCCCCGCGGAAGCCAUGGAAGCCGCGAGACGGAGCGAGGCCGCUGCAGCCCGACCAGAGGGUCCCAUUAUUGGCGACGACGGCCGCGAGAUCGACCCAUCCGACCAUCUGCCUACAGAUACAUGGGCGCCGGAGCCAGACCGCAAAUCGCGCAAACCUGGAGUGAUUGUCCGCUUUCGGAACGCGCCCACCAGGCAUAGUCCUGCAGCGCCCCGUCCCACAUCUUCGUACGUCUCCACUUCGGACGGUGACCGCGGACGACCUGGGUAUGGCAGCAAUUCUGGACAUGGACGAACUUAUAGCACGCCGUCGUCGAAUCCCAUGCCACGUAGGCACUCGAUCUCUCCCUCUCCAUCGCCAAUGUAUGCACCCGCCCCUGUCGGCCCUCCCAUUCCAGCGAAAGUGCCCAUCGGCGCACCGACUGGAGUUCAGGACGCGCUGAGCCGAGAGCUUAAUUCAAUUGAUAUUGGGUCUGUUGGUUUCAGUUCUAGUCGGGCAAUGCGGAAAUACGUACCUAGGCCCACUGGGUAUGCCGUAUAAAGAAAUGCAGCAUAACCAACAAGCCAGCAACGCAUGAGCGACGGAACGAUCUCAGCAGACAGAGAAAACUUCCGAACAAGAGUUAUACACGACAUUACAACAAAGUAUAACUUGGCUAGACAUUACAAACAAAAGCUUAGGCAAGCAGCACAUACAUACACGGAAACGAUGAUGUGGCGGGAAAUUCAGAUUGGAUCGAGGUUAGAGUGGAAUGAGCAUGAGGCACGAAUGGACGAGAUGCAUUUUAGGCGUUGGAUUCCCUCCUUGAUUUUUUUUUUCUAUUCUCACAGCCAGCAAACAUGCUACAGCACAAAGUUUCUCGGAUUCUCAAGCUAUCGACUUACUUGCCUUCUUUGUUGUACUAUAUUGCCUACGUAAGACAAUUACAUGGUUGCCAUUUGAACUAGUAUAGAU